AUGCCACCUAUAUUCCUACCUCUCGAGCAGGCCCUCCCCUCUCAUCAUGAUCUCUUCUACAAUGGCGCAUGGCGGAAACCCCUUGCUAGCACCUACAAUGAUACCUUGAACCCAAGCACGGGCAAGCCGAUUACCCGAGUUGCUCAGGCCAGCGCAACCGACGUUGAUGCAGCAGUAGAGGCCGCACAUGAAGCCUUCCUCUCAUGGCGCAAGACGACGAUAGCGGAGCGGCAGGCGUGCCUGCAUCGCGCGGGCGCCAUCUUGCGCGAGCAUGCGGUAACCGAGAUGCUGGUGGACGCAAACCGCGCGGCUAACAGUCUCGAUUACUUUGCCGGUCUCAUUCCCAUGCUGCGUGGGGAGACGUUGCCCGGCCCCUUCCCCGCAGAUGCCUAUCUCCACUACACGGUCCGCGAGCCGAUCGGGGUGGUGGCGCGUUUCAUGGCCUCGAACCACCCGUUUAUGUUUGCCGGUUCUCGCAUGGCCUCAGUUAUUGCCGCUGGUAAUACCGUCGUUGUCAAGCCGCCCGACCAGGCCCCGCUGUCGGGUCUUCGGCUAGCAGAGCUGCUCGAUGGUGUCUUUCCACCAGGCGUGCUGAAUAUUCUACCCGGAGGACCCGAGUGCGGCCAGGCGCUCGCUACCCACCCUUUGGUGAAGAAGGUCACACUCAUCGGCAGCGUUGCCACCGGCAAGGUGAUUCAGCGUGAGGCCGCCGACACGCUCAAGCCGACCCUGCUUGAGCUUGGCGGCAAGAACGCGCUGAUCGCCUUCCCAGACGCGAACCUAGAUCAGCUGGUUCAAGGUGUGAUCUUUGGCCCCGUCAUGUCGGUCUUCCGAUGGACCGAUGAGAGCGAGAUGCUCCGGAUCGUCAACUCAACCAGCUACGGGCUAACCGGGUCAAUCUUUACUCGUGAUCUAGCCACGGCGCAGCGCAUGAUCAGCCAGGUAGAGGCUGGCUUUGUCUGGGUGAAUGAGGUGGGUAAGCAUUUUCUUAAUGUGCCGUUCGGUGGUGUCAAGGAAUCUGGGAACGGGCGCGAUGAGUGUUUGGACGAGUUGCUGGCCUUCACGGCUGUCAAGAGUGUCAAUAUCAAGCUUCAGUAA